AUGUUGCUGACGCUGUCAGCGUCGUCCAUUCCGUCGGAUUCCCUAGCUUCGCGCUCCGCGUCGCGACGCCCCUACUCGCUGCCGUUUCGCUCCCUUUCGCGCGCCGCAGCCCCCGGCAAGGAGGGGCCUUCCGCCGCGUUCGUCCCUCGCGCAUGCGCUAGUAUGACCGCCGUUGCGCCCAUCGCAGACGAUCUGCGCGCGCUGGACGGUGGAGCCCGCCUGCCCCCGCAAGACGCGGGGAAGAACUCCGCGAACUUGGCGGAGCGCAGAGAUGAAGGCGCGCAACAAUCUCGCAGGGAAUGCUCGCACGCGGAGAAGCGGAAGCUGAGCGCCAGCGCCGAUGCUGGAUGCCGCAUUGGCGGCGAUGCAGCGGCGACGACGCCCGAGGGAACGGAGAGCAAAGCCGACUCGACGAGAUCCGCGGAACCUGCCGCGAAGAGACCUCGCGGGAGCGCCGAUCACGACGAGGAACCGCCACUGGCGCAGCUUGCGGAGACGAACAACCACGGUGGCGGCAUCUCGCCGCCCCGUGCUCUCUCUUUUCCGCCUGCCGCCGCGCCUCACCCUGCGCCUGCGGCUGCUGUUGCGCACCAGUCCCCUGAACUCGCGCCCCGUCUCCCUUGGGCGGCACCGCCCGUUGAACCGACGGACUCCGCGACUGCGCGUCCCGCUGCUGACGUGGAUGACAAGUCGGGGGAGAGCGGAGGCGCUGGGUUGGAGGAAGGGGACGAGGCGGAGGGGGACGAGGGCGAGGGGGAUGGCGAGGAGGCGGUUGGCGGGGUGACCGCCGCGGAUGGCGGCGCGUGCGGCAAGAAGAAGCGGUACCGUUACAAGCGGCUGUCGAAAGCGGGUUACAUUCCGGACGACGGGCAGCACUGGCACAAAUACGGGCAGAAAAACCUCGUAGACGCGGGAUACUGCAGGGCGUACUACCGGUGCGCGCGCAGGAGCGCGGGGUGCGCGGCGAAGAAGACAAUCGACUUCCCCAUUCGGUGGGGGCUGGACAUGCGCGUCACGUACAGCGGCUCGCACACGCACGGACUGCCGCCCCGCCUGCAGCGCGAGGUCUUCACAUACGCCACCACGCCCGCCCAGCUGCCGCCCAAUAUCUCCAUCGCGGUGCAUUACCAGCCGAACACGCUGACUCAGCAAGGAGUGGUGAGUCAGCAAGGGGUGGUGAUGAGUCAGCAAGGGGUGGUGAUGAAUCAGCAAGGGAUGGUGAGUCAGCAUGCUUCGGCAGGACAGCAGUCCCUCACACCUCCAUCUCCCCUUCUCCGCCUGCCCUCCUCACUGCAAGCACCUCCCCCCACUCACACCACCAGCCCAGCUUAUUCCUUCUCCACCCCUCCCUACGCCUCCUCCUCUACCUCCUCCACCCACACUCUCUCCCUCUCCCCCCCGUGCGCCCCUCCCCCGCACCUCCCCCUCUGCGCCGCCAUCUCCCCCUCUCCCGUCCAGUCCAAGCGCCCGCCCAUGCUGCAGGCCUCCCCGCAGCUACAGCCGUCUCAGCAGCACCAGGCGUCACCAUCACCGCUCCAACCGCCAGCGCUACAGCCGGGGCCUUUACAGCUACAGCCGUCCGCAUCGGCAGUGCAGCAAUGGACGCCUUCCCCUCACAUGCAGCAGGGUGCACAGCCCACGUGGCCUCCUGUUCAUGGUGCUCAUGGUGCUCAUGGUGCUCAUGGUGCUCAUGGUGCUCAUGGUGCUCAUGGUGCUGACGGUGCUGACGGUGCUGCAGGUGCCACGCAGUGUGUUGCUGACUUCAGAGCACCGAAAGACCAGAGCCGCAGGGAGGUCAACUUGAACCUCUCUCUCUAG